UGUCAUUUUUGCCAGGCGCAGUGAAAAGUCGCAUUGAUUUUUUCCUGUUGUAUUUCCCAAAUUCAUCAAGCAGAGAUGGCCAGCGUAGUCGGAAAGUCCUCAUCACUUGUCAGCAGAACACUGGCUCAGGCUCGUCCCAAGUUCAACACGUUCCUGAAGUACGCCAAGGUAGAGCUCACCCCACCCACGCCAGGUGACAUCCCUGCGAUCCGCCAGGGCAUUGCCCGCCUAAUCUCUGGCGCCCGGACAGGUGCUUGGCGCAACGUGAGCGUCCGGGAAGGGUGGCUCAACACCCUGAUCACUGCCGAGGUGAUCUUCUGGUUCUACAUUGGCGAGUGCAUCGGUAAGCGUCACAUUGUGGGAUACGAUGUAUAAAGAGUCCCCAGAUGUCCGGUUAAACCAUAGAGCAAACAAUGUAAUGGGAAAUAAAUAUUGAAGUCUCCAAUUGAA